AUGCAGUUGUACAAGCUACAGCCAACUGUACUCCUUCUUGCGGCUCUUGGGGCUAAUGCCGUUCCCGUUCCCAACGAAGAUGUAAAGAAUACUGUAUCUACCGCGGCUGAUCCUGACCCCAACUUUGCCUACUACAACUUCAAGCGUGGGGAGGUGAAGAAGUCAGCUGACGACACUGCGGACCCUGACCCCAACUUUGCCUACUACAACUUCAAGCGUGGGGAGGUGAAGAAGUCAGCUGACGACACUGCGGACCCUGACCCCAACUUUGCCUA